AUGGCGCUACACGACAAUCCAGAUCUUGCCUUGCCCAAAGGCUCUCUUAUCCUCGUCACUGGCGCGUCAGGUUACAUCGCGAGUAACAUCAUCUUCGAAGCGCUUGAGGCAGGAUAUAGAGUACGAGGAACGACUAGGUCAGCAGGAAAAGCGACGACCGACGUCUUCCAAUCGAGCGAGUACGAGGCUGUGAUAGUUGCACAUAUGGAUAAGGAGGGCGCUUUCGAUGACGCCGUCAAAGGUGUCCAUGCCAUUAUCCACGUUGCGUCACCCACUCAAUGGACGUCGGAUCCGGAAGAGGUUGUCAAGCCCGCCGUGAAUUCAGUAAAUUCUAUCAUGGCCUCAGCUAUGAAGGAGCCUACUGUGCGGUCUUUCGUCUACACGAGCUCCCAGGCCGCAGCUACCAAGUCCAAGCCGAAUCAGGAAUUCGUUGUCAACAGGGAUUCAUGGAAUACCGACGUUGAGGUGUACACGACCGAGAAGGGUGACCCAGCUCUGGUCUACAGUGCUAGCAAGUUGCAAGCAGAACGCGCAGUUUGGGAUUUCGCCAAGAAAUACAACCCAAAUUUUGUCGUGAACACUGUUGUGCCAAACUUCAACAUCGGACGUGUAAUUGGUAAAGGAACAAACAGCAGCAACAUAAUCCUCGACGUCUUUAGAGGAAAUGCACGUUUCAUGGCGACGUUUCCUCCUCAGUAUGUGAUCAACGUGGUGGAAGACGCAAGGAUACAUCUCGCUGCAGCAAUUGAUCGGACCGUGGUAAACGAGCGAAUCUUCGCAUUUGCAUAUCCAUACAACUGGAACGACGUCUUGGACGUGUACCGGGAAUUAUGGCCCGACAAGGAAUUCAUGCAGAACAAUCCGGAGCUUGGCCGAGAUAUGUCUAGGCCGGAUAAUGCUCUGGGUCUGAAGUUGCUCAGGAAAUGGUAUGGAACUGAGUCGUAUACGGAUUUGAAAGAAAGUAUAAAGCAACAGUUCAAGUCCAUUGGGGAACUAUAG